GCCCUUCUAUGAGUAGGGGAAGACUUCCCUUUCUAGGCUGAAUUCUAUUGGGAAUGGAUCAAAUGAAGAACUGAAAGAAGAUUGGCUAAGCUUGGAGGGGAUUUUCCAGAUGUAUUUACAUAUUGCCUACUGCUCUGCAUGCCUUUCUAUUUACAUCACCGAGAGCUGGCUGAAGAGAGGCAGGCAUAGGCAGUUUUUAUUACGUUCAAAUGUGGGAUUAGAUUAUGAGUGCCAACAAGAACGCCCGCUACAAUCGUUUCUCCAGUGGUGGUGCAACAAACGGCGCUUCUUCAGGAAACACUAACGGGACAAGAAUGGAGACUACUUUUGGGCCUACAUAUUCUGCAGUAACCACCAUCACCAAAGCGGAUGGAAAUAGUACGUUCAAGCAUGGCCGGACACCCUCCUCUUCCAGUACGCUCACUUAUUCGCCACGUGACGAGGACGAUGGCAUGCCGCCACGUCUGUCUGACUCUGCCAUCUCCGUCCGCUCAUUGCAUUCCGAGUCCAACAUGUCCCUGCGCUCAACUUUCUCUCUCCACGAAGAAGAGGAGGAGCCAGUUGUUCCCCCUGUGCAGGAGCCGCUGGUGUUCGCAGAGCAGCCGUCAGUGAAACUCUGCUGCCAGUUGUGUUGCAGUGUGUUUAAAGACCCCGUGAUCACAACCUGUGGGCACACAUUUUGCAGGAGAUGUGCCUUAACUUCUGAGAAGUGCCCGGUGGACAAUGCCAAACUGACGGUGGUUGUCAACAACAUUGCUGUAGCUGAGCAAAUUGGGGAGCUCUUCGUUCACUGCAAGUACGGCUGCCAGCCUUCUGCUAGCGGCAAGCCUUCUGUCUUUGAGGUGGAUCCCCAAGGCUGCCCAUUCACCAUUAAACUGAGCUCCAGGAAGGACCAUGAAGGUAGCUGUGAUUAUCGGCCGGUGCGCUGCCCCAACAAUCCCAGUUGCCCACCGCUUCUCAAGAUGAACCUGGAAGCACACCUCAAGGAGUGUGAGCACAUCAAGUGCCCCCACUCCAAAUACGGGUGUACAUUCAUAGGAAACCAAGACACAUAUGAGACUCACCUGGAAAUGUGCAAAUUUGAGGGCCUCAAGGAGUUCCUCCAGCAAACGGAUGAUCGUUUCCAUGAGAUGCAGGUGGCAAUGGCGCAGAAGGACCAAGAGAUUGCCUUCCUGCGGUCGAUGCUAGGCAAGCUUUCGGAGAAGAUAGACCAGCUGGAGAAGAACCUGGAACUGAAGUUUGACGUGCUGGACGAGAACCAGAGCAAGCUGAGUGAGGAUCUGAUGGAGUUCCGGCGGGAUGCUUCUAUGCUCAACGAUGAACUGUCUCACAUCAACGCCCGGCUGAACAUGGGGAUCUUGGGCUCAUAUGACCCUCAGCAGAUCUUCAAGUGCAAAGGCACCUUCGUUGGACACCAGGGCCCCGUCUGGUGUCUGUGCGUCUAUUCCAUAGGGGACUUGCUCUUCAGUGGCUCUUCUGACAAAACUAUUAAGGUGUGGGAUACCUGCACCACGUACAAGUGCCAAAAGACCUUGGAAGGCCAUGAUGGAAUUGUCCUGGCACUCUGCAUCCAGGGGAACAAGUUGUAUAGCGGCUCUGCUGAUUGUACCAUCAUUGUCUGGGAUAUUCAAACUUUGCAGAAGGUCAACACCAUCCGCGCACAUGACAACCCUGUGUGCACACUGGUCUCCUCACACAACAUGCUUUUCAGUGGCUCUCUAAAAGCAAUCAAGGUCUGGGACAUUGUGGGCACGGAGCUGAAGCUGAAAAAGGAGCUGACGGGCCUUAAUCACUGGGUCCGCGCACUUGUGGCAUCCCAGAACCACCUGUACAGCGGCUCCUAUCAAACAAUCAAGAUCUGGGACAUCCGGAACUUGGAGUGUGUGCACGUUCUGCAGACGUCCGGUGGGAGCGUCUACUCCAUUGCGGUCACCAACCACCACAUUGUGUGCGGCACCUAUGAGAAUCUCAUCCAUGUGUGGGACAUUGAAUCAAAAGAGCAGGUGCGCACGCUGACGGGACACGUGGGCACCGUGUAUGCUCUGGCUGUCAUCUCAACGCCAGACCAAACCAAAGUCUUCAGUGCUUCGUAUGACCGGUCAUUGCGGGUGUGGAGCAUGGACAACAUGAUCUGCACACAGACGCUGCUACGCCACCAGGGCAGUGUCACCGCACUGGCCGUCUCCAGGGGCCGCUUGUUCUCCGGUGCCGUUGACAGCACGGUGAAGGUUUGGACGUGCUAGUAAAGAUGCCACCCUCUGCUUUUGGAUGCCAGACGACCAAAAACUCCUCCAGCUCACCCGUGAUGUACUGCUUCCUUCCUCUCUGAAGCACUCCCAGCAGCCACCGCCAAUGAGAGCGCCUCAUGGCCCACAUACCUCAGCACUGCCACCAGUAAAGCAGCCGGCCCUCCGAGGAGCAGGACUGUUUGACUGUUGAUAAAGCUGACCGGCCCCGUGCAGCCGUGGCUUCCUUCCUGAAUCACUGCAGGCGAGGGGCGUUCGGUCGAGGGCUGUUCUAGCUGCAACGUUGUAGGACGCUCGGCAGGGGGAACCAGAAGGGUGCAACGAUGUCAGACAGCAGGACUUGCGUGAAGCGGGAUUGGAUUGGUCAGCGCCAGCGCCCACAAAGCACCUUGCUAACAGGAAUGCCGGAGCCAAGGAUGUAGGAGAGGGUCCCUCUCUGUUCUGGUGUUUAAUUUCUCUGCUGAGCUCUUUCGUUUGUGCCCACCGCCAAUGAUAAAAAGCAGUUUUCCUCUCAUGUAACCAGGUACGAUUUUUAUGUCACAGACCCGUCCCUUGCAUCAGGUACCACAAGGCCAUCCGUUCACCGCAUCAUGUCAUAACGGUCUCCAUGGCAAAGACAGGGAGAGCCCACUGUUGUGUUUUUACUGACAUUUUCUACUGUUUUUAAGAUUGUGAUAAUAGAUUUGGAUUAUUUCUUCCUUGACAAUAAAAAUGGACCAUUAUUUUA